AGUACACAGAAGUCCGGCUCAUGAAAAAUGGCAGCUCUCAGUGUGAGGGACAAGUGGAGAUGAGAAUUUCUGGAGUCUGGGGACCACUCUGUGCCUCUCACUGGAACAUGGCCAAUGCCAACGUACUCUGUCGUCAGAUCAACUGUGGAGUUGCCAUCUCCACCCCAACGGGAGCAUCCUUUAUGGGUAGAAGGGACCAGAUCUGGAAACACCGAUUUCACUGCACAGGGGCCGAGACUUUUUUGUGGAAUUGUCCUGUGACUGCCCUGGGGAUUCCUGAGUGUCCCCAAGGAAAUACAGCCUCAGUGAUCUGCUCAGGAAAUUGGACCCAGCUGUUGCCCCCAUGUAAUGACUCCAUGUCUAAUCCAGCAGGCUCUACAGCCUCAGAGGACAAGGCUGCCAACUGUUCAGAAAGCAGAUGGCUCCGCCUGGUGAACGGGAGCAGUAGAUGUGACGGGAGAGUGGAGAUCUACCACGAAGGCUUCUGGGGCACCAUCUGUGAUGACAACUGGGACAUGAAUGCUGCCCAAGUGGUGUGCAGACAACUGGGCUGUGGAGUGGCCAUCAAUGCCACUAGUUCUGCUCAUUUUGGGGAAGGAACAGGACCUAUCUGGCUUGACCAGUUGAACUGCACAGGAAAAGAGUCCUAUGUGUGGAGGUGCAAGUCCCAGGGCUGGGGGCAGAAUGACUGCAGGCACAAGGAGGACGCAGGGGUCAUCUGUUCAGGAAUGAAAACUAAGAGCUGCCCCACUGCUGCCUCCUGUUCAGACAAAGAGAAGCUUCGACUCAGGGGAGGAGACACCAUGUGCUCAGGGAGAGUGGAGGUUUGGCACCAAGGCUCCUGGGGCACGGUGUGUGAUGACUCCUGGAGCCUGGCAGAAGCCGAGGUGGUGUGUCAGCAGCUGGGC